AUGAUUGUCAACCAGCUCAAAUGGCUGGGCAAGAAGAUCAAGGUCCCACAGGAUCCUGGUUUAACGACAGCUCAGCUAAUGCUAACGAACGAUGACCUUCGACCAGUUGACCCCGAGCGUCGCCAAUGGGGGUGGCUCAACUUUGUUGCAUUCUGGAUUGCAGAUUCGUUGAAUGUCAACACGUGGAUGAUUUCCUCUUCCAUGAUUGUCGAUGGACUUUCCUGGUGGCAAGCGUGGCUAUGUGUUUGGAUUGGCUACACCAUUUCAGCAAUCUUCGUAUACCUCAUAGGUCGGAUUGCAACGAUCUAUCGUAUCCCUUUUGCGGUUACCAACCGUGCAUCGUUUGGAAUUUGGGGCUCAUUCUGGCCCAUUAUCAACCGUGCGGCAAUGGCUGUGAUUUGGUAUGGAGUCCAGACUUAUCUCGGAGGCGAAUGCGUCACAUUGAUGAUUGCUGCUAUCUGGCCAAGCUAUAACAAUCUACCAAACACAAUCCCUGUCUCCUCGGGGGUCACAACGAAGCAAUUUGUCAGCUUCUUUCUGUUUUGGCUUCUAUCCUUGCCGGCCCUUUGGUUCCCUAUCUACAAGAUCCGCCACCUCUUCACAGUCAAGGCGUACUUUUCUCCGGCUUGUGCUAUUGCCUUCUUUGGAUGGGCAAUCGCGCGGGCUCAUGGUCUGGGCCCAAUCAUAACGCAGCCGAAUACAGCGCAAGGCAGUGAUUUAGCGUGGGCGUUUGUGAAAAGCAUCAUGAACUGCAUUGCCAAUUUCGCCGCACUGGUUAUCAACAAUCCAGACUUUGCUAGAUAUGCCCGUAAGCCGGAAGAUGCAUUCUGGCCGCAAUUGAUCACGAUUCCUGUCGGAUUUGCGGUUACUUCGUUUAUCGGGAUCAUCGUUUCCUCUUCCUCGAGUGUCAUCUUUGGUGAGGCUGUGUGGAAUCCUCUAACCCUCUUGGGCAUGUUUUUGAAGGAUGCAAGCUCUGCUGAGCGUUUUGGUAUCUUUGUUAUCGGAGCGGGCUUUGCUUUGGCACAGCUAGGAACGAACAUUGCCGCCAAUUCAGUGUCGGCUGGUACCAACCUCACAGCCCUCCUCCCCCGAUUCUGUACGAUUCGACGUGGCGGUUACUUGUGUGCGGCAAUCGGUCUUGCCAUGUGUCCGUGGACACUAGUUGCAUCUUCCAGCAAAUUCACUCUCUACCUAUCUGCAUACUCGGUGUUCCUGGCUUCUAUCGCGGGUGUGAUGGCUAGCGACUACUAUCUAGUGCGCAGAGGCUAUCUGGAUAUACAUGCACUUUACAGCGCAGAGAAGGGCAGUAUGUACUAUGGCACAUAUGGAGUUUCCUGGCAUGGAUAUGCGGCCUACCUCUGUGGGAUAUUGAUCAACAUAGUCGGGUUUGCGGGCGCCGUCGGUGUCGAUGUUCCUGUUGGAGCCAAGUACAUUUACCAGGUCAACUACUUUUCAGGCUUCAUUGUCGCUGGUGCAAUUUACUGGUUGUUGGCCUGGUUGGUUCCCAUUGCUGGAACGAGUGACACCUGGAAUGAGGUACCAUAUGAGCCGGAUCAUAUGGCCGACGCGGGAGAGAAGAAGAUUGAAGACGCCUGA